AUGAGUUGGAUGUUCCUCAGAGACCUCCUGAGUGGAGUAAAUAAAUACUCCACUGGGAUCGGGCGGAUCUGGCUGGUUGUCACGUUCAUCUUCCGUUUGCUGGUCUACAUGGUGGCGGCAGAGCAUACAUGGAAAGAUGAGCAGAAAGAGUUUGAGUGCAACGUUAGACAGCCUGGUUGUGAAAAUGUGUGUUUUGACUACUUCUUCCCCAUCUCCCAGGUCAGACUUUGGGCCUUACAACUGAUCGUGGUCUCCACGCCUUCACUUCUGGUGGUUCUACAUGUAGCCUAUUGUGAGGGUAGAGAGAAAAGGCACAGGAAGAAACUCUAUGUCAGCCCAGGCACCAUGGAUGGGGGCCUGUGGUACAGUUACCUUAUCAGCCUCAUUGUUAAAACUGGUUUUGAAAUUGGCUUCCUGGUUUUAUUUUACAAGCUCUAUGGUGGCUUUAGUGUUCCCUACUUUAUGAAGUGUGAUUUGAAGCCUUGUCCCAACACUGUGGACUGCUUUGUCUCCAAACCCACGGAGAAAACGAUUUUCAUCCUCCUCUUGGUCAUUUCCUCAUGCCUGUGCAUUGUGUUGAAUUUCACUGAACUGAGUUUUUUGGUCCUCCAGUGUUUUAUUAAGUGCUGUCUCCAAAAAUACUCUAAAAAACUCAAGUCCUCAGUGUGUGAGUACCACCACCUCAGAUAUGUUAAAUAUGGUGAGAUGGGGGCCCCACCCUUGCUCCAGAAGCACCAUUUAGACUCAGCCAUGAGCGCAGCCCAGGGAGGGGAAACAAAGGUACUCUGUGGCACACAAGAGGCUUAA